AUGGCUGACAUUGCCGUUCAAGUAGCGUUGGUGGUAGCGGAGAAGGCGAUAAUCUUCCUCUACCACAAACUCAAGCCUUCAAGAACUCACAACGUCCAUGAUGAUUUUCAAAACGCCAAGAAAUGUUUAGAGAGGAUGCGAGCAUAUCUAAGGGAUUACUCAGCAUCAUCAUCAUCAUCAGACCUUGAAGUGCUUCAAACUUGUGUAAAAGAGAUCCAAAACAUAGCUUAUGAAAUUGAGGAUGUUCUUGACACGUUCAUGCUUAAGGUUCCUCAUCAAUUCCAUAGCAAUAGAUUAUCUGAGAAGUUUCACGACUUUGUUCAUGAUCAUGACCCCUCAGUACAGAAAGCAGGCCGUGAGUUCUCCUCCGCAAUCAAAAACAUCAUCGACAACAAGCUUAAUUUUUUUUUCACUCUUGAUAAAAUUCACCAAGUUUUGAGACGUGACCAAGAAGGCCAACCAAGUUCCAGCACCGCCAGAAGGGGAGAUAACCGUUUACCUCAUCGCUUUCUUGAAGAAGAAGAAAUGGAGGGGUUUGAGAAGCCUAAACAGAAACUCAUCAAACAGUUGGUGGAAGGAGAUAACUCAAGGCUUUUAACCAUCAUUUCGCUUGUAGGUCCUGGCGGCUCUGGCAAUACCACUCUGUUGAAGAAUGUUUUCAAAAACAAAAGGGUCCAAGGGUUUUUCAAUUGCCAUGCUUGGAUUGAUGUGCCGCGCGACUUGUGUGACAGCAAACGUCGUGAGCUCUUGCUUAACAUGUUAAGCAAAUUUGACCCGAAAGUCAAAAGGGAGGGACCAGAUCAUCAUGAAGAUCCAGAAGAGCAAUUGGGACUACUUCUUGAACAAAAGAGGUUUGUGCUCGUUUUAGAUAAUGUUUGGAGCAAACAAGAUUUGGUAGGCAUUGUAAAUGCUAUUCCAAAUGGUUUGCCUGGGAGUAAAGUAAUCAUAACUUCUCGUAAAUCUGAUGUAGCUUCCCCGAGAGCAAAACCUCCUGCGCACAUCCAUGAUUUGAGCAAUUUGUUAUCAAAGGAAGAUGCUCGGAGUCUAUUCUACAAGAAGGCUUUUCCUGAUGAUAGAGAAGGAAAGUGUCCGCCCGAGCUUAAGGAGUGGGCAGAUAAAAUCCUCAAGAGGUGUGAAGGUUUACCCUUUGCAAUUUCAGCUGUUGGUACUUUGCUAGCAACGAAACAAUCAACUCCACUUGAGUGGAAGAAGUUACAUGACAGCCUCGUACCCAAUCUUCCGAUUAUCAGCCAGAUUUUGCAGCCAAGUUACGAGGAUCUUCCAAGCCAUCUUAAAACUUGUUUCUUCUUGUUAGGGGUUACAUGA